AUGGCCGCUUAUAUGGGAAAGUUCUCGUUAAGAAAGCUUUGUAAGCCACUAGAUGGUCUAACAAGGGAUUCUGUAUUCAACGACUUAUAUGCAUAUCUCUAUGGUACAACAGAUAGGAGCAAGAUAGAUCGUUAUCUUAGAGAAUUAGACACAUAUUCGGGAUUCUGCAUAACGAAAUGGCUGGAAGAAACAGUUGCAAUCAAAUGUUACGACUGUGAAUAUGAUAGUACAUGUGCUAUAUGCUUGGAAUGCUUUUUCGAGUCGAAUCACAGUGGUCAUGAGUAUCGGUUGACAAGAACUUCUGGAGGUUGCUGUGAUUGUGGAGAUAUAAGUUCAUGGGAUUCCAAGGGAUCCUGCUCAAAACACACUAAUGUGGAAGGUAAAUGGAAUGAAAACGAUAUACUUGAAUCUUUUCAUCUCCCAUUUCUGGAUCGCUUCAAACAGUUGACAGUGCAAAUUAUGGAAUAUCUAACAAACCAUAUAAAAAAUCCUGAGCUAAACGAUGAAUUCUAUGCACAUGUCUUCUUGGCGUUUCUGAAUGAGCUGGCAAAAACUACAGCUGCAUUCAGAUAUGCUCUACACUUGUAUUUACCAAAAGAAACCCUAAAAGACUGGCUCAUACAUCAUCAAGGUCUAGCUGAUGAUUUUCAAAGGGGAUUCAGUACUCUUUACCUUACACUUUUGACAUCUCCAUCAUUCAAACAAAAAUUUGCCGAUGUAUUCGCAUCAAUUUAUGACCAAAUUGUUGAACCACUGCAUGACCCUCCGGAAGAUUGGCACUUGGGGAAUUUGUCCGUUCAAAUAUUCACUUAUUAUGAUAUUGCACUCAGACUGGUUAAAGAAUCGUUUAUGGAUAUAUGUCUAAAGCAAAUAAUGGACACAAAUCUAAUUGAUAAACGUCUUUCUACAGUACAAUUCAACCGCUUUGAUCGACCAAAACUCAGUUUCUACAUUCGGAUUAUAACCGACUUCACUUACCUUGUUAAUCAUCAUGCGGUUUGUGAAUUAAUAUUAUCCAAUGAAAAUCUUCAACUGACAAUAUUUAACCUCUUAAUGUUUUACAACAAUAUGAAUUUGAUUGAAAGAGAGGACAAAGAACAUGUUUCCUUCGAAAACUCGGGCUUUCCGCUUGCUUUCACUAUAGAACAUACCUUACACUCGUGCCUCAUGCAAUUUUCAGAUUAUUGCAAAGGGCUACCAUCCUCUGAAAGGCCAAGAGUCAUUUCCUUUUACAAAAACUUGAAUAAAUUUAUCUUGGAUAGCUUGGAAACUUUGAAAAAUUUUGGUAACAAAAGGUUCUGCAGGAGUUUUCACAUUCCUAUCGUCAGAUUCUUCGCCUAUAUGUUGGAUUUUAACCAUGUUAGAGAAGAAGCAAAAAAAUUUGUUCCAUCAUUAUUCGAUAAAAGCUCGACAAGAGUCUCCGAAGAAAAUUUCCUAAAGCUGAAAAAUGCAGAAAUAUUCAAUAUUUUUGAUACGAAAGUUUUGGAUUUUGUAUUAAUAUCUAGUAUGAAUACAAUAAGAUUUGCAAUGGAAGUGAAACACAACCUUUGGAUUUAUAAUGGUGAAUCAAUGCACGACCAACGAAGUAACUAUUUUGAGCUUCUUUUCCACUCAUUUGAUAUUGUAUCUGUCCAAAUUUCCCUUAUCCUAUUAUCAGUGAAACAUAUGAACGAUCCUGAUUUUGAUGUCUUUUCUCUCUUUUUGUCAGAAAAUUUUGGUUCAAGCAUGAAAACCACACAAAAUUUGGAGGUAGAUACCCAUUCCCAUACUUUAGAAUCAAAGGAUAAAAUGAGUGAAAGGAACUUAGUACCACCUGGAGACGGUCAUUUCAACGUUGCUUUUUUUUGUUAUUUUAUGAAUGUUGUAGUAACUGACAUCAAACAUGUAGAGAUAUUAUCUAUUCCGAGAAAAGUAUUAAAGGAAGAAUAUAUUAGACGUGGUUACUCUCUGAUGAAAAUGGAUGUUGUAAAUAUACUAUCUUCUGGCAACACUGAAUUUACAGAUGUUGUAUAUGAAACUAAAAAAUAUUGGAAACAUCAUCCAAAAUUGGUUGAAUCUAUCGAAGAUGUCGCAUCCAUAAACUAUUCUAAAGUAUCCGAUAAGACAUAUGUAAGGCUAAAAUCGGAAUCAUAUAAAAUUAUCGAUGUAUUGUGGAACCCGCAUUCUCCAAAAAUACAUUCUAUUACUACCGAAGCUCUGAACCACGACAUUAGUCUGUUUGGAAGCAAUUCAACUGAAAUGUCAAAAGAAUAUUUGGAAACUCAAACCUUGUUACUCCAUAAUUCAAGUGGAUAUUACUGUUAUGCUUUUAUAAUAUCGUUAUUUACCAACAUUUGUAGAAAAAAUUAUCUUAAAAAUGGCAAUAAUAUGCAAUUUCCUACACUCAUAGAUGUUGUAAAAAAUCGUGUUCCAUCUGAUAUUUCUAAAACUUCAUUUUCGGAUGUUCCAAUUGUUAUUCUUGAAAACAAAUGGAAUGAAUCUGUUCUAUACUGCCUAAAAGUCCUAGGAUUAAUGAUACAGGAGCUUGAUCCACCCAAUAAGUCAGCUGCCAAAAGCUUAGUUCGUAUACUAGAAGAUUUACACGAUCUAAUUUCUGACAAAAUUAUAAAAACUGCAAUAACGUUUAUAGUUAAUAAACUUGGAAGUAUCUUCCAAUUUGACGAUUUAAAACGGAAAACUGCAGAUAUCACCAACGAAACUGAUACUGUUGAUGUUAAAUCAAUACAAACAAAAUAUUUGCAGAGGAUGUUCACAAAACAAAAGACAUUUAUUGAGAACACAAAAUUGGAGGUGGAAGACAACAAGACAAAACCUUGUUGUAUUCUCUGUAAACAAAUAAUGAAAGAGUCUGAGUGUAUAUCGUACUUCUGUUUCAUUUCCGUAACAAAUGUGUUACGUAGAUGUGUGUCAUCUUGUUCAAUUUUGGAUCAAGAAUCUAAUGUUAAUGCAAAACUGUCAUUUCCACUCACUUCGACAGUAAUAACAACAUGUGGACAUACUGCACAUACAAAAUGUAUUUACUCUCAUAGGGAUGCUCAACCAGAUACUCAAAAUUUCUCAGCCAUUGGAAUUAAAAAAACACCAGAAGAAUUUUUUUGUCCAAUUUGCAAAUUUUUGUGUAACUUUACUCUGAAAUAUAUUCACAUACCGGAGAAUUUGAAUCGUUCGUUUUGUAAAUCUAAUAAUGUAACACUCUUCAAUACUCAUAAUGUGGAAUGCUUCAAAAUAGGGUGCGAAGCACGCUCAAUUGACAUGCAAAUAGCUCAUGUUGCAAUUCACAGGAACAACGAUCUUGUAGCUUAUGCAUACAUGACAUCUUGGAGAUACCCUUACACUACUUAUUGGAUCCCUUCCCCUAUAUUUGCUAGAUAUGAAUGUCUUCCUCACAUAGUCUAUGCUCUUACACUAGUCGCACAGGAGGAUAUUAUGGACCUAGAUUUUAGUGUGCAACCAAAAAAUAUAGUUGAAGACCUGGGUUUUGAUUGUGAGGAUGGAAGCAUUGACAAUAUUAAGUGUGGAAAGUGCAAAGGAUCUGGCGGGCUAUCUUCCGAACCCAGACGUCUAUGCAGUGCGGUAUCCACAAAAGAUAAUGAAAAUACCAUAUUAAAUAUAUUUAAUGUGACAUCUCAAAAUAAAGGGGUGCUGGUAGACAGAUUGUACAAUUAUUUUUUAGAGAACUGGGAAACCUACAAAAAUACCCGUGUAGCCAAAAUACUUGGUAUAAAAUCUUCAGCUACUGACUUUGAAGCCAUUCCAAAAUCACUUUUAACGUCAUAUUGUAAGUCAAUUUUUAGCUCUUUUAGGACUUUCUUUGGUGUUCAAAACUGGAGACAUGCAAAUGCUGGAGUAAGAGUUGAUACUAAAGUUUGGCUAAUUUACAACGAACUUCUUAGAACAUGCUCUUUAAAUCGAAAUACAUUGAACCUUCCUGAUUCACUGUUUUCUCAACUUGUGAGAAACACGUACUUUGAUCAACUUCGUGCAUGUCCAGAAUAUAAAAAGUUUUCAACAGAUGAUAUCUGGAAUCGAAAAAUUGUUGUUGAUACAACGUAUUUUGAUGCGCCAUCCUUGGAUAUUCAAUUUCCUGGUCUGGAAUGUCUUGCUGCACAGAAAAAUAAUGGCAAAACGGACAAGCUACGCGUAUUUUUGGAAUCAUUAGACAAGAAUGAGCUGAAAGUUAUGAUGAUGUUACUACAUAUAGAAAUACCUGAGGAAUCAGAUGAUGUCAAUCUUCCGGAUGAAUACAGUGAUCUUGAUUGUUUUAAUAAAUAUGAAAAUGAUAGUUGUUCUGAAGACGAUAUGCCUAUUCAAUCUCCAUCGUUUUAUUUGAAAAAAAUUAGAGAUGGAAAAUUGGAUGGCAACCAAGUAUACGAAAUGUUUGGUUACUGUCUUCCUCCUAACCCUUGGUCCCUUGACUAUAUUCGUGAAUUUUUAGUGUUCUUUUUGUCCAAUAAAAAUGCUACGAUUACUGAUAUUUUGGAACAGUUGUACUACUUUAUCACCGUAGCUGCACUUCAAAUAUUCAACAAAUAUAUAAUUUCUCUAAUUAGGACGAGGUAUUUGGAAUUUGUUAAGGAAUUUUCCGAUGAAACAAGGAGAAAGAUUGAUUUUUUAAAUUCUUUGAAAUCCAAAUAUUUUGAGAGCUUUUUUGAAUCUGGCGGCUUUCCAAUAGAUACGAUGGAACAUAUACCGUGGAUGGAUUUUGAAAAGAAUAGAGAUGAUUUCAAAAGAUUCAAUGGUUAUAAAGGAGAUGAAAACGCAAAAAGAACCUUGUAUAACACACAAGAAUCUGGAAGGUUAAGUUCUAGAUUGUCUGAAGUCAUAUCAUUCGUUUCUACCAUGCAAAAUGCACAUGAUAAUAUUGUUUCGGCAUUUACCGAAGAGAUACCAACCAAAGAAGGAUCCUUUGGGGAUAAAAUAGAUGUAGAUUCCUUCCUAGUUAGGCAAAUACAAAGACUUAUGGAAGUAAGAGAACUACAUACAACUCCACCUAACAAGUACAAGGACAUUUUGAUUGCCAUAAAUGAUAUAGUAAAUAAGAAAUUUUCUGCAGAACGUACACGAGAUUACAUUUUUAAGUCUAAAUAUGGAUAUGGUGAAAUAGAGGGAGUUGUUAGCGAAACUGCACAAUUUAAGUCAUCCGUAACAAGUAGUAUUCAACCAUAUAAAUUCACCGACUUUGUAAAAAGGCUGAACUUCUGGCUCUACCGUAAUCAUUCAAAUGUUGCAUUCUUUGAAACAAUUAGAUUUCACAUGCCAAAAUCUUGGCAUAUUUUAGACCUCAUUAGUACUGAUGUAGUUAACUUUAUUUCGCAAGAUGAUAGUACUGAAAAUGCAGACUUUUUUAAAGAUAUACACUUCUUGUUUGAUGUAGUUGUUAAAGAUUUAUCCAAGCAUGGGUAUCUGCCUGAAAACCACACGUAUGAUUAUGCGUAUUUGAAAAAUAUUCUGGAGGAUUGUUUGAAUUUCUUCAUGGACAUUGCCUUUUGGGCUAUACACAGUAUAUAUCCUAUGCCAAAUGAAUUGUCUACUAAAAUAACAUAUGGUAACCUUCAUAGUAGUCAAGUGCGAUUCCAGAUGUUAUUCGAUGCUCUAGAACUUAACAAAGUCUGUAAUAGAAGGAGAAAUAGGGAAAUAUGGCUGAUGUUGUUCAACGAAGUUUACAAAAAACAGUUGGAUUUAAACCGUACUUGUAAUAUGAAUGUAACUCCACCCAUUAUUUCAAACUAUAGCUUCGUAAAAAUGGAUACAUUCCUAGAGGAAUUGAACUGGGAUCUCUUAAAAUCUGUACAUUAUAGAAAUUGCCCAACUUGUGGGCUAAGACCGUCAAAUCCACUGAUCUGCCUGUUGUGCGGGUCCAUUAUUUGUUCAAACACCGAAUGUUGUCAUCCAAUUCAAGAAUCUUUUACAUCCAGAUUUUAUGCGGAACUGGAUCAAGAUGGAAUCGACUUCAAGGACAGUGAUAUAAUUAACGUUAAUGAUGAAGAAGUGCUGGCACACUCAGCAAUAUGUGGAGGAGGACAAGGGGUAUACGUUUCUCCGUACCACUGCUGUACACUAUACAUUGAUGACAACAGAAAGGGUAUCAUCCCAUCAAUAUACACAGACGAUUACGGAAAUAGUGAUCUGCAUGGGAAAGUAUACGGAAAGGUCUAUCUAUCCAAAACUCGACUGGAAAAUAUUACAAAUACCAUUUGCUCUGGGAGACUAGCGAAUGAGCUCAUAACUCACAGACGGCGAUUAUUUAGUCAUUUGAACUAA